AUGGAUAAAUAUGUUAUUAGAACACGAAAAAUUGUUAAUUCUUGUGAUAAAGGAGAUGAUUUGGGUGCAUUAUCGGGAGAAAAAAGAAAACGUGUUAAGUUUGAUUCUACUGAUGUAAUUGCGGACCCUGGAGAACGAAUUUCGAUUGAUGACUAUGAAAUCAAUAUUAGAGAUGAAGUGAGACGUGCGUAUGUGCUUAAAGGUCCUUGUCAACCAAAGGGUCAUAAAUUUUUUCAGAAAACAUUUGGAAAUCAAAAUAGAAGUUUUCAAAGCACUUGGUUUCGUGAUUAUGUGUGGUUGGAGUAUAGUGUAUCAAAAGAUGCAAGAUUUUGCUUAUGGUGUUAUUUGUUUAAACCGCCAAAACCCAAAUCUCAAGGCGGUCGAGAAGUAUUCACAAAAACAGGAUUCAAUAAUUGGAAGAAUGCAAGAGCUAGCUUGGGAGAACAUGUUGGAAAUGUUGACAGUGACCACAAUUAUGCUGCGAGAAAAUAUGAAGCAUAUAAAAACCGACGACAAAGUGUGGAGCACAUAUUUACUCAGCAUUCUUCUCACGCAGAUGUUGCUUAUCGUACUCGAUUGACAGCAGUAUUGGGUGUUAUUCGAUUCUUACUCAAACAAGGAUUAGCUUUUCGAGGACAUGAUGAGUCGAAUGAUUCAUUGAGUAGAGGCAACUUUCUUGAGUUACUCCAAAGGGAUUGUGAGCAUAAUGAAGAGAUUGCAAAGGUGUUAAAUAUUAAUGCUCCAGGAAACAAUCAGAUGACUGCUCCAAGUAUUCAAAAAGAGAUAGUGAAUGCUUGUGCAGAAGAAGUGAGAACUACUAUUAUUAAGAAUAUUGGAGAUCGUUUUUUCACACUCAUGGUUGACGAAUCCCGCGAUAACUCUGUAAAAGAACAAAUGGCUAUUAUGGUGAGAUAUGUUGAUGAUCAUGGAGAAAUCCUUGAGAGGUUUCUUUCAGUUGAGCAUGUAGCAGAUACUUCAUCACAUACUUUAAAGGAAGCUAUUGACAAGUUUUUUGCCAAGUAUGGACUAUCAAUAUCUAGACUGCGGGGACAAGUAUAUGAUGGGGCUUCAAACAUGUGUGGAGAAUUCAACUGUUUAAAGGCUCUCAUACUUAAUGAGAAUCCUUAUGCUAGGUAUGUUCAUUGUUUUGCUCACCAGCUUCAAUUGGUAGUUGUUGCAGUUGCAAAAACAUUACCGAUUGUGGAGAAUUCAUUUAGCUAUUUAUCCAUAAUUGUGAACACUGUUGGAGCUUCUUGUAAAAGAAAAGAUGCACUCAGACAAAGCCAACAUGAUCAUAUUGUCACACAAUUAGAAAAUGGUGAAAUCUCUUCGGGAAGAGGGAUGCAUCAAGAGACAAGUCUUGCAAGACCUGGAGACACGAGGUGGGGUUCUCAUUAUCAUACGGUAUUGCGUAUAUUGGCAAUGUGGCCUUCAGUAAUGGAAGUGCUUGGAAAUGUUCAUGAUGAUGCAAUUGGUUCAAAGGAUAGAGGUGCAACUUUGGGUUUGCUUGACCGAAUGGAAAAUUUUGAAUUCGUGUUCACCUUGCAUUUGAUGAAAAGAGUAUUGGCAAUUACAAAUGGACUGUCACAAGUUUUGCAAGAGAAAAAUCAAAAUAUUGUGAAUGCUAUGGACAUGAUACAUGCCGUGAAGGUCAAGUUUCAGUCAUUUAGGGAAGAUGGAUGGAAUAAUCUUUUUGAUGAGGUAUGCAAGUUUUGUGUUGAAAAUUCUAUCGACAUGCCUAAUUUGGAAGAUAAUUUGUCAAUCCGUGGUCGAUCAAAACGUGAAGGUCAAAGUAUAACAUUUCUUCACCGUUUCCGUGUGGAAAUCUUUUUUGGGAUGAAUAGUCGUUUCUCAGAAGGAAAUAAUGAGUUGCUUUCUUGCAUAAGCUGUCUGGAUCCGAGACAAUCAUUUUCUAGAUUUAAUGCUCUGAAAUUGCGCCGUUUAGCCGAUUUUUAUCCAGAAGAUUUUUCUGCAUUUGAUUUGACGAUGUUAAGCGAUCAAUUGGAUAUAUACAUAUAUGAUGUGAGGCAAAGGGCAACUUGUGGAAAUCGGACAACUUGCAAAGAAGCUGAAUUAGCAUUGGUUUUACCAGUUGCAACUGCUUCAGUUGAAAGGGCAUUUUCAACAAUGAAUAUUAUCAAGACUGAUUUGCGUAACAAAAUGGGGGAUGAGUUAUUGAGCGACAGUUUAUCAUGUUAUAUUGAAAAAGCAAUUUUUCUGAAGAUUGAUAAUGAGCCCAUUCUUCAGCGCUUUCAAGCUAUGCAGACCCAGCGAAUGCAAUUGCCUCGUAUUGAUCGAAAUUAA